ACUUUCCACAAUACAUUUUUUUUUUUUUUUAAAUGUAGAAUUUAGAAACCGUUGGCAUUUGCUUGGUUAUUACUUAUUAGACAAAAAAACAGAAAACACAGACUGGUCCGAAACAAUCGGAAGAGGCAACGUUUCUCCUCCGAAUACGAGAAAGAAAAAAAAAACACAUUAAACAAAAACAACAACAAAAAUAAGUGAAAAACACUCUCAACCAUUGCUUUGGGAUUCCGUUUUAACUUUUAAGAUAAACCAAAACUCUCUCUCUCCAAUUUUUCUAUCUUUUUUUUUCUCUCUCUCUCUAAACAGUGUCUCUCUCUGCGUUCCACUACGUACCCUCCCCUCCGAAGCUACUCAACGAUGGCUUUUCUUCCUCGGCUUCUCAUCUAACCUCAUUUCCAGAUGUUUCAUUUAUGCGCACAGAAACUCAUGUAUUUGUGUACAUGUAGUGGUAGAAGAUCUGAUGAGAUUUUAUCAUCUGGAACCAAACACUCAGAAUUCAAUCUUGGGAUUCAUUUGGGUGUUGUGGUGAACGUUUAGCAAUGGAUUACAAUGGUAGCAAUGGCAAGUUGACAGGAAUACGACAGAUUGUUAGGCUAAAGGAAAUCCUCCAGAAAUGGCAAUCCACCACGCUUGGCUCAAGGGCGAGCAAUCCCCCCCCACCUGACGAACCUGAUCAAAAUCAUGGGGGAAUUUCGCCGGCAAUCAAUAAAAGGCUAACAAAUGUUAUGUAUUGUGAUUCAGAUGAGGAUGGCUGCCAUAGCCCUGAACCGCCACCUGAUGUCCCCAAAGGUUAUUUGGCAGUUUAUGUUGGGCCAGAGCUUCGGAGGUUUAUCAUUCCCACUACCUAUCUUAGCCACUCCUUGUUCAAGGUGUUGCUGGAAAAGGCUGAGGAGGAGUUUGGGUUUGAUCAUAGUGGCGCGCUCACCAUACCAUGCGAUACUGAGACUUUCAAGUUCCUUAUUAAGUGCAUGGAGACCCAUCAGAAGGCUCUCCCUGAUAAGAGCUCAGCUGGAAAUUAACUAACCAUUGAAGACUAAGUAGUUACACUGAUCUUUCUAGUGCUCCAGAUUUUAGAGCUGAUUUUCUGGUGUAAAUCGGGGUCUUCUUGUAUGCAGAUGCAUCUUCUUUUUCUUUUUUUCUUUUCGUUUUCUAAAGUGACAAGAUUAGGAAGCUUUAGUUAGAAAGUUUUCAGAUGUAUUGGGUCCGGAUUUGGUGCUUGAGAGGUAAUGUGUCACCUUUCUUUCUUGAAUAUGGGAAACACAUUAAUUGUUAAGCAAGCAUGUGCGUAUGUGUUCUGGAGUAAAAAUUCCGAGUUCAUUCAA